AUGCCCUCCUCCGGCUGGUCAGCCUCGGCGUCUGGCCCAGCUGUGUACUCACCUCAGCUUCCACACAUCCACCAUCUGGAGGUGCUUCCACCAGCAGUCCAAACUCCAGACACUCCCUUUGAGAAACCAGGAGUUUGCGGUUUAGCGAACAGCAGUGGGGGUGGGGAGGCCAAGAUAACACAGACGCGGGAGGAACAGAACACCCGGAGAACUCAGAGGCUGCUGAGGAAAUCUCAGAAACACGUGGCUGAAGUGCUCCGCACCACCAGACAAGCUGAGCCCUUCAUCAGGACCUUCGAUGCAGGAGUGCUUUCUGGGAAGAGCCCCUUGGGGGAGCGGUCCUGGGAGCAGCCCCUCCUACAGACAGCAGCCGGGGCCUCUCAGGUCUGGGGGUCCCCGGCACACAUGGAGGAAACACAGCAGCACCUGGGAGACAGGAUGCAGGACCUGCCGAGAACUUCUGGGAGCCUGGGACUCGGGGUCCUGGCCACUGUCUGCUCAGGUGGCCAGCGCAGUGCCCAGCGCCCCGGGACAGGAGCCCCGCGCCACCCCAAAGCCAGACUUUCUCUUCCUCUUCCCACAGGACUCCCAGCGUUUGACCUGACCCUAGAAGACCCGGAGGACACAGAGGAGGAGAGGCCAUCUUCACGGCCACUAACCUCCACGGAGACUCCAGAGGACUCGGCGUGGGGAGCAGACAGCCAAGGGCUGGCCCUGCAGGACCACAGGAGCCUGGACAUCACGCUGCAGCUCAGGCAGGGCCCCCCGACCCCUCAUCUUUGCGGCGUCCACACAGCAGCAGGAACCAGCCGUGACCACAUGGAGCUCGUCACAGGGCUCCUGGCCUCCUGCUCGGGGUGCCCUCAGGCCCGCACUUCAUCCUGGGCGCUCAAGCUCCAGCUCCAGGACUAUUCAGGUGAAUUCCAAGCCAGACACAGUCCUGUCCCUGACCUCCGUGGCCUGGUUUCAUCUCCAGCCUUGCAGAAAAUAGAAGACAACAACUCACGGGUAUUCACUGUGGACGUCAAAGCCAGCGAGCACCAGGUGAAACAGGCCACGGAGAAGCUACCUGACUUUGACCUGGCUAAGGUCAACACCUGGUCAGGCCUGCUGCAGAGAGGCCCCUCUGAGGAGACUCAAGGCCAUCUGUCCGAGACAGCCCGCCUCCUGCCCAGUCAAGGGGCGGGCCUGGUGGAAUGGCGGUGGUGCGCGGGCUGCAGGCUGCAGACCUCCCUGGACGGCUCCAGGGAGAGCGUCCACGCUCCGGAAGACCUGCUUGGUCUCCAGCAGCUUGAAAGCGUCCGUUCCGAGCAAGGACCGGUGCAUCCGGUCACAGUGCAGACGUCCACCCGGGACCGCGGGCGGGAGGGGCACUGCGGGGGCCAUCCGCAAGGCCCGCGGGGCAGAGUGUCAGCUCUGAGCUUUGCAGCAGCGCCUGGAGCUGAAGCAAGUGACGCCUGUAACCACCAGGAGCCAGGACCGACGGGUCCGCCCCAUCGAAGUCGCGCCUGCCUUUCCACAACUUCUGCGAACACGUCGUGCAGAGCCAGCGUGCUCCCCAGCCCGCGCCCCUCCCUCCGAUUCGCAGGGUGCCCCGGGCACCGGGUGCGGGCGGAGUGGGUGGAGCCUGCCCCCCAGCACCCCAACCCGCCCCCGGGUGCCCGGCGGCUGCACCGAGCCCCGAACGUCCCAGGGGUUGGGCCCAAAGAGAGAAGGGGACAGAGGGCCGCGUUCUCCAAACUGAGUGGCGUCUGGACGACAGAGGACCCUCCGGCCCCUACCCCGCCGCCCAACGGAUUAGGAAGCCGAGGAGGACGCGGUCCCGCGCUGAGGCCUCGCUUGCUUUUCACACCCCCGCUCCCACUGGAUCCGCGACCUCGGAGGGCUGCAGAGACGCGAGUGGGAAGAGACUGGGGUGGGCUCAAAAGAGGGGUCCCUCGUCGCACACUGCACCGGAGGCCCGGAAAACCUCCGUGGGGACUCGGUGCCUGUAGGUGCGGCCAAGGGGGCCGAGAAGGUUCCAGGAGGUUCGCCUGCGUCCUCCCGGUGUCCCCCGCCGCACCCGAAGCCCCUCUCCUCACAGCACGCGCCCGAAACGCGGCCUCGAGGAGGCCCAGGCGUGCCUGGGCGCCCCCAAGUCCCGGGACCCCGGCGGGGGGACACGCGCGCACUCGCUCCACCGGGCACGCUCGUCCCCGCGUCCUGGCAGCCGGGCUGGCGCGGGGGGCGGGGCGGACGGACGGGUGCCCCGGGGUGGGUGGGCGGGCGGCCGAGUUCUGCGGAGGGCGGUCGCGCUGCCCACGCACCCUCCGGAGGAGAGGCCGCCGGGUCUCGCUCGGCCUCAUUCUUUGCUCGAUCUUCUCAACGAAAUCCGAGCGCAGAGAGAGCGGGGGGCGAGGUGGAGUAGCACCUACGCCCCGCCGGCCCCACCCCGCGCGCGCCCUGGGCGAGGACCGCACCCCGCGCCCCAGCCGGUCGGACCGCCGGCUCGGCGUGCGGCUUCGCGGCAGCCCUUUCUGUGGCAGCCCGGGCAUCCGCCGCAGCCGAGCCCAGACUGCCGUGUCUCCCCACUGA